UAAAAUCACAACAGCCCUAAGCAGAGACCCCUUCUUUUCUUCUGGAGAAAUAAAAUCCCGAGAAGAAGGAAAAGAUUUAUCAGUCGACGGAAACAUGGAGAUGUCAAACGAUUUCGAUCGCCUCCUUUUCUUCGAGCACGCUCGCAGAACAGCGGAAGCUACCUAUGAUAAAGACCCUCUGGAUGCUGAUAAUCUCACUAGAUGGGGAGGAGUGUUGCUCGAGUUAUCGCAGUUUCAGAACGGUGACGAGUCGAAGAAGAUGAUUCAAGAUGCUAUAGACAGGCUAGAGGAGGCACUGGUUGUUAACCCUAGAAAGCAUGAUGCGCUCUGGUGCCUCGGAAAUGCAUAUACAUCUAAUGCUUUUCUGAUACCCGAUCUUGAUGAGGCUAGGGGUGACUUCCAUAAAGCAACACAGUACUUUGAGCAAGCAUAUGAACUGGAACCACAAAACGAACUUUAUAAGAAAUCUUUAGAAGUGGCUGCAAAGGCUCCUAAAUUACAUGUGGAGAUCCACAAGCAUGGUCUAGGUCAGCAGGGUAUGGCUCCAGGCCCGCCGCCAUCUUCUACUACAAAGCAGCAGCAGCAGAGCACAAAGAAGAGCAAAGGCAGCCAACUCAAAUAUGACAUUUUUGGAUGGAUAAUCCUUGCCGUUGGCAUUGUGACAUGGUUGGGAUUUGCAAAAUCUAAUGUGCCUCCACCUCCGAGAUAAAUUGGGGCAUUUGCUUUCUAUGAUUUGGCUGGUGUCCUCUGCUCCUGCCAAAAGGAACUCUUUGGGUGGGUGGGAUUGUCUAGAGAGUCCCAGUUUCUUCCUUUUAGUUAAAUUUAUUUAACAUAGGCAUUCGGCUACGUCAGUCUUCCUACUGUUUUAUUUGUCUUUCCUUUUUAUGUUCACACUUUAAGUCUUGAAGCAUUUUAUCUAUAUUUGUUAGCUGUUAGCUAA